AGCCAGGACCUAACUCUUGCUACAUUACUUCGAAGCUUCGGGUAGAAGCCCUUUCUUCUGAGAAAACGACGAGUAGAACAUCAUCUCUGGUUCUGAAUUGCCGCACAACGAUGAUAAAUUGAAUAUACGAGAUAAGAGAGGCAGUGGCAGAGGCUACGGCCAGCGAGGUACGUCCUAGUCUAAGUACUGCAGCAGCUUAUCCAAGGUUCUUGUUUCAGUCAAGAAAAACCAUGUCUCGACGUGGAACAAGUUCCAAGGACGACAACUCUGUCGACAAGGACCGAGCCUUUAUUUCACGACCACCCUGUGCUUCCGGCGACAGAGUGGAAGAGUCUGUACCUCGACCUAAUGUCACUUCUUUCUGCGCAUCUGCUUCAGCAAUUUGCUCCACUCAAGAAGAAGCGAAAAAAACAGAUCAAGAAACAACGAAUACGAAAUUCAAUGGAGAGAAACCUACGAUCACGCUAGAUGAAGUCGCCGCUGAGCGAGUCGGGAUUAUGAAGAGGAAUAGUAGAACCGCUAUUGCAGCAAGUUCUGCUGUUGAGGAAGAGAAAAAUUUUCUGUCACAGGGCGAGCACGAGUGGCGGACUCCCAAAGAUACAAUUUCCGCGUUUGGCGUCACGUUUACCGUCGACUGCAAACCGGAUAAUCCAGAGGAGGCCGUGGUGGUUCAGCCCUGGAGUGGCCUGCCGCAGUCCGGAGUCGCCGAGUACCAGGUGCCGCACCGGUCGCCGGAGAUGAAAAGUAGCAGUUGUAGCAGUAGGGAGGGAGCAAAAACUACGUCAGGUUCGUCCUCACCUUCAUCUUCCGCACCGUCUGUGGGACGAGCAAGCGGAGAUGACUCAGCAGAGCUGGAUGAACAAUCUUUGGUAAAUUCCUUAAACCACGACAACUCGACCGAACAAGUACCUAACGCGUUGCGCAGUAGUAGACGGGUAGAAGAUUCAACAUCUUUUCAGAGAAAAAACUCCCGAACAAGAAACUCCUCUCCGUCCUCCCGGGCAGCAUGGCAGCACCAGCGGCAGCUUUCCUCUCGUUUCUAUGUGGAUUCCAACACGGACCAUUUGAUUCUUCCGUUGGCCAAGGACGAGAUGUGGGGCAUUUCGAGGUACGAGAAGCUUCUGCUCUCCCUGCCGGUCUUCCAGCACCUCCCGCAACUCGCGUACGUGUUGCUCCUGUGCGUGCACUUGGGUUUUGCGCCGUUUUUUUUGUUUUACAAAACCGCGAAGACCUUCCCCCCGAGUGUGGCGAGUUUCAUCUUCAUGGCCUACCUGCAGUCGCUGAACCCGAAGCAACAAAUCUACGCAGACGGGGCCGACGUGUUUCGCACGGUCCUGCAAAAAUUUCGCCUGGACAAAUUGUGCCGGAGCGUACCGGUUCUGAUCAACCCACUAAAGGUACGCAACGAGAGUGCACAACAAAAAGGACUCCCCCCCGAUGUUCACUUAUUUGCAAUAUCGACGCAAGCACUUGUUAGCUACAACUUUCGCGACGCUGACACGCUCUGACACCACUACGAUCCGAAACAGCAGUACAGUCUAGACGUGCAUUUGGAUUUGUAAAGUUUCGUGUUUUAUGCUCUUGCUACAACCCGCCAGCACUUGACCACAGGCUCGGAACAACGUCAAGGGGCCGGAUACCUACUAGUUUUGCACUCUCAUAAAACGUGAUCGGCUACCUCAGCGGGGACCACCCGCCGGCCGCGGUCGUGUCGAAGGCGCUGCUGGCCGGGGCGGGCAAAGAAGGUACGAAGGCCGGUGCAAGAGCGGCUGCAUAUCCGGAAGAACAGGCACGGCCAUCUUCCGGUUCCUCUGCUCCGUAUUCAAAUAUGAUCAGCACCAGUAGCACAACUACAUCCGCCUCAUCCCUGCAGCUAAAGAAGAACGGGCACACGAUCGUGUUCACGUCGCGCGACCUGCUCCUGACCGGCGCGGAGCGGAACUUCGUGUUUGGCUGCCACCCGCACGGGGUCUUGAACCUCUGCAACGGGACCGCGUUUGUGCUCUCCGGGUAUUUGUUGAAGGACGUUUUGGGCAAAAACUUCCGAUCCAGGCUAUUACAGGGAAAAAUGCAGCCACCCCGAAGUUUGCAAAAGUUUCUCAUGCAAAGUUUCCAAAUGAAAGACUUUUGUCUUGCAUGAAAGGAGCACGAGGAUUUCUGAUGCAGAAUCUAGGCACGAAAGGUAUCUUUUGCAUAAGAGAUCCGCCUUCUGUUCGGCUCCUUUGCAUCACAGAUUUGCACUAUUCAGCAUGGAAAAUUUGUGAUGCUGAUAGAUGCAAGACGGAGAAUGUUUUCAUUGGAAAGAUUUGCAACACAAAUGCUGCCAAGUGAAGGGGCGGCGGCAUUUUUCGCUGUAAUACAGGCUCGGCGGCAUCGAGUCGGUGUUUCAAGUCCCAGUUUUGCGCGAGUUCUUGCUCAACGUGUACGGUGUGUGUUCCGCGAGCGAGAAGCCACUGUUGGAGCAAUUGAACCGGAAAAACCGUUCGGUCGCACUGGUGGUCGGUGGCGCCUUAGUAUCCAUUGCAAGAAAAGUAGUUGUGUUUUCUCACUCAUGGAAAUUUGCGCAUUUCAAAUUUUCAUAAAACAUGAUGAGAAAUGGAAUUUGAUGAAAUUCUGACGAGCGUACAGCACCGAAUAUAGGCCUGUCAAAAUGAUCCAUUCAUGAUUGCAAUGAAUUUACGCGAAGUUGUGCGAUAGUACUUCUACUUUUGAACAGGAUAGUUGGAGGCUCUCUUUACCGAGUUCAAAUUCGACAACAAUACGACUUCUGCACCAGACGAAGGUCACAUGGAAGUGCAAAAACAAGACGAAAAAGAGCAUCAAAGCCACCUACUAGACGGUCAACCUCAGCGCCCGCGCAACAAAAUGCGGCUGGUGCUCAAAGACCGAAAGGGUUUCGUCCGCAUUGCGUUGUUGGCACAGAAACCGCUGGUUCCGGUGCUCGGCUUCGGGGAGAAUUCGCUCUACCAACAAAAAGCGGUGUCGGUCGCGUGGAGAAGUCGCCAGCUGCAGUUGCAAAGGCUCACGGGCGUGAGCUUCCCCGCGGUGCGAAGCAAGGCUUCGACUCUGUUCCCCUUGAUCCCGCGCCGGGACGUGCCUUUGACGUCGGUCUUCGGCCGCAUGGUCGAUGUCAAGGUGAGGCGAAGCGACGUGGCAGGCGGGAUCAUGAUGUUCGGGGGGAACAAGAAAAGCGAAAGCAAAGGCACGCCGGCUUCGCCUGAACUGCAGGACGAUGAUAAGAGGAUGACCACCUACAACAGCGACGAGGAUUUGUACCUAACGCAGGAGGAGGUGAACUGCCUCCCGAAGCGGGAAAUCGACCGGCUAGUGGACAAGAUUCACGCGGCGUACAUUCUGGAGGUGCGGCGGCUGCACGCGGAGGCAGCGCCCUUGUAUGGGACGGAAUGCGACCAGGUACUGGAGAUAAUUUCCUCCAGGGACGCGCGGGACCUAGAAUACUACAAGCGAAGUGUGCUAGGAAUGGAGAAUUCUACAACAGCACCGGCUUCUGGUUCUUCCUCGGCGGACGAUCUUGGUACAGGUACAAGGUCGAAGUUGUGA